UACCUGUGUGUGCGUGGGCGCGUGAAUACACCAUAUCUGUACCCCUCUCCUUGUCUUGUCACUGUGCCUCCCCUCACCGCGAGUCCCUCAGUCUCACCGUUCCAUACCUCGGACUGUGUGUUACGUGCCCGCUGGUCUUGCUGCCCCCCUGCCCCACCGCCCUCUGCGCUCUGAUCCGGGGGUGGCAACAGAAUGGUCCUCGACAGAGAGUGGCAGUCUGAGGGGUUGCAAGCUGUAGGCAUCAUCUUUCUCGUUGUAAGUUCGCUGAAGCUGUUACACAUCCUGGGACUGAUUGAUUUCUCCAGUGAAGGCAACCAGCCAGGACAUAGCACAAAAGCUUUAAAGCAACGCUUCCUGAAAAUCUUGCCAUGCUGUCGACCUAAACUGGUCCCUUCCCUCAGUGAACACAGCAUCGAGGAUGACUUUGAACCGUCCACCGUGUGCCACCGGCCAGAAGGACUGGAGCAACUCCAAGGCCAAACCAAGUUCACCAAGAAGGAGCUCCAGGUCCUCUACCGAGGUUUCAAAAACGAGUGUCCCAGUGGUGUGGUCAAUGAAGAGACGUUUAAACAAAUCUACUCUCAGUUCUUCCCCCAAGGAGAUUCCAGCAUGUACGCACACUUCCUAUUCAAUGCUUUUGAUACAGACCAUAAUGGCUCAGUUAGCUUUGAGAAUUUUGUAACAGGUUUGUCAGUGAUCCUUCGCGGUUCCAUGGAUGACAAAUUGAACUGGGCAUUCAAUCUGUACGACUUAAAUAAAGACGGCUGCAUCACCAGAGAGGAAAUGUUAGACAUUAUGAAAGCCAUUUACGAUAUGAUGGGGAAGUAUACCUACCCGUCAGUGAAGGAGGAAUCACCACAGGAGCACGUGGAAACAUUCUUCCAGAAAAUGGAUAAAAAUCGGGAUGGGGUAGUAACUAUUGAAGAAUUCAUCGAAACCUGCCAGAAGGAUGAGAACAUCAUGAAGUCAAUGCAGCUUUUUGAGAACGUCAUCUAGAGGUGGGAGGUGGAGCGGAGGUCAGGACCGCUUGACCUCUGACUCCUUGCCCUCUGACCUUGGUGGGCCGACCUGGGUCGUCCAACUUCUCCAACCGGGACCCUUCGACUUCUGGCAUCGGAACUUGACUUGGCGGUGUGGGGGAGGAGAAGGGUUGGACGUUGCACUGACUCACGGACAGGGAGAGAGGGAGAAGGAGAGAAUGAGGCCCUUCUGCGACGGACCUUUUGUAUUUUUCACGGACUUGACACGAACUGCUGGAGGACGCGGAGAACCACCGCGGUGGAAACCUCGCGGCGCUACGACUGUGGGGCGUAAAGUGAAGAGGACAUAGAUCUUCACGGCAUGCUACACUAUAAGCAUCUUUAUACAACAAUGCCAAGUUGCAUGGGGGAAAACGAGAGGGCGGAUGACCACCACAGACCAACCCUUCCAACUGGCCCCUUGCUUUGCUGUAAGGAAUCCGACCAACAAAACAAAACAUCGCUGGUGACUAAAUGGCUUCCUUGCUCCAUUCAGCUUUGUCGCCUGAGUUUAAACUAUAAUCACACUGAUCUGAAGAAAACCUCACAGAAUAAUAUAGGGAGUGCUUGACUCUGCAUCUAAUCUGUCACUGGGAGAGUGCGGUGGGACAGCAUAAAGGGAACCAGAGGCAACAAAAAAGCUUUUCCCUGUACCUCGGUACACGUGAUAAUAAACUAAUUUGGGCCGAUGGGGCGGGCAUUGCGAAUCUCACAAAUAUAACCGAUGCAUUUAGGAUUUGGGUUUAUGGGGCAGGAUAUGAUCACCCCUGGAGUGUUUAGCAAUUUGUGUUUUUAUAACAACAAUAAGUCAUUGAAAAGAGUCAAAGUCUUCUCAUGGGAAUGUCAACAAUUGCUACUUGACAGCGAGCCCAAGAAGGGCUCGUUGACGGAGCUGAUCAAACACUUAGUCAUAAAUAUGUUUUUAUGGAGUGUAUCGAAGGCGGACAGAGAGAUUCAGGGAGGGAAUUGCCGAGCUUGGGCCGUCGGUGUCAAAGAUAUGCCGAUCAACCACCGAGUCGUGGCAGACGUGACCUUUUAGGGCCCUAGAAUGCGAAGAGCACGAAGGUCGUGGGAUGAAAGAGGCUACGGUGCUGUCGGGUGCAUCUGAAUGCGAGGCUGAGAAUUCCUCACACGGAAUGAGAAUUUCUCGUUGAGUAUGGGAAUUUCACACUUGGAUUGAGAAUCCUUUGCUCAGAACGACGAUUUCUCAUUCGGGACGAGAAUUCGUCCCAUCGAAUAGAAAUUCCUCCCUCAUGGAGUCUGCAGCGUGGAAACAGGCCUUUAAGUCCAACAUGCCCACACCGACCCACAUGCCCCAUCUACACUAGUCCCACCUGCCAGCAUUUGGCCCAUAUACUUCUAGACCUGUCCAUGUACAGGACCUGCCUAAAUGUUUCUUAAAUGUUGUGAUAGUAUCUGCCUCCAGCAGCUCGUUCCACAAUGAGAAUUCACACCGGCGAUGAGAAUUGCCCGCUCAAUCCAGAGGAGGUUUACGAGAGUGAUCCCGGGGAUGAUUGGGUUAAUGUACGAUGAGCGUUUAUGACGGAACUGGGCCUGUACUCACUGGAGUUUAAAAAGAU